GAAUACGCAAUAAAAAAUCAUUCAGAAAAAGUCUAUAACCUUAUCUUUCACUUGAAUGAAAGAAUGGAUACAUACAGAAAAUUUAAGGAUACCAAUAAUAACAAUAUCUUACACUUGGCCGGAAAAUUGACACCUCCACAUAUACUUGGUCGUUCUACAGGUGCAGCAUUGCAACUACAACGAGAGCUUCAAUGGUUUCAGGAAGUGAAGAAGCUCAUGCUACCGGAUCAACUUGUACAGGUGAACAGAGAUUCGUUGACACCAGCUAUGGUGUUUACAAACGAGCACAGAGAUUUGUUGAAAGAAGGGGAAGAAUGGAUGAAAACAACUUCACAAACAUUUAGCAUAGUUGCUGCAUUAAUUGUAACAAUCGUAUUUGCAGCAGCUAUUACUGUACCUGGGGGGAACAAUCAGAAGUCGGGCAUGCCUUUGUUUAAGAAAAAAACUCUUUUCGAUAUCUUUGCAGUAUCCAAUGCAAUAUCACUAUUUUCAGGUAUUAGCGCCCUGUUAGUGUUCUUAUCAAUCCUCACUACACGUUUCGCUGAAAUGGAUUUCCUCAAGAGUUUACCAAGGCGGUUAAUCCUUGGUCUUUUGGCGUUAUUCCUCUCUACAGCUUCAAUGGUGUUAACGUUUAGCGCAAUCUUGUUCCUAGUCUUUUAUGAUCAAAGACAUUGGAUGCUGGCAAUUUUGGGGUUAUCUUGUGUGCCAAUUGCAGUAAUUGUUACUCUGCAAUUUCCUCUCCUGGUUGAUUUGUGCAAAUCAACAUCCAUCCCCAUUUUUGGUAAGCAAGAAUACAUAGCAAGUGGUAAAUUUAUUUCAAAACACCCUACAUCCUACCUUUCGGAAACACGUACCACUAGGCCUCCAGAUUCAGCUAACUAA